AUGGAUGUAACCAAGAACAAACGAGAUGGCACUGAAGUCACUGAAAGAAUCAUCACAGAAACAGUAACUACAAGACUUACAUCCUUACCACCAAAAGGGGGGACCAGCAAUGGCUAUGCUAAAACAGGGUCUCUGGGUGGAGGGAGCCGGCUGGAGAAACAGAGCCUGACGCAUGGCAGCAGCGGCUACAUAAACUCAAGUGGGAGCAUGCGAGGCAAUGCCUCCACCUCCAGUUACAGGAGGGCCCAUUCACCUGCCUCCACUCUGCCCAACUCACCAGGCUCAACUUUCGAGAGGAAGACUCAUGUCACCCGCCAUGGAACAUAUGAAGGGAGCUCCAGCGGCAACUCUUCCCCUGAGUAUCCUCGGAAGGAAUUUGCAUCUUCUUCAACCAGAGGACGUAGCCAAACACGAGAGAGCGAGAUCCGAGUCCGACUGCAGAGCGCGUCCCCGUCCACCCGCUGGACAGAAUUGGAUGACGUCAAACGUUUGCUCAAGGGGAGCCGCUCAGCAAGUGUGAGCCCCACCCGGAAUUCCUCUAACACACUCCCCAUCCCCAAGAAAGGCACUGUGGAGACCAAGGUGGUGACAGCGAGCUCCCAGUCAGUGUCUGGCACCUAUGAUACAACCAUCCUGGAUGCCAACCUUCCCUCCCAUGUGUGGUCCUCCACGUUGCCGGCAGGGUCCUCCAUGGGCACCUAUCACAACAACAUCACAACCCAGAGCUCAUCCCUGCUCAACACCAAUGCCUAUUCUGCAGGAUCAGUCUUUGGAGUUCCAAAUAACAUGGCCUCCUGCUCCCCAACUCUGCAGCCCGGAAUCAGCACCAGCUCCUCAGUGUUCGGCAUGCAGAACAAUCUGGCCCCCAGCUCAUCCACCCUGUCCCACGGCAUGGCUGCCACCUCCACAGCAUACGGUGUGAAGAAAAACAUGCCCCAGAGCCCCACUGCUGUGAGCACUGGGGUGUCCACUUCUGCAGCCAGCACCACAAAUGUCCAGAAUGAUGACCUCUUGCACAAGGACUGUAAAUUCCUGAUCCUGGAGAAGGACAACACGCCCGCCAAGAAGGAGAUGGAGCUGCUGAUCAUGACCAAGGACAGCGGGAAGGUCUUUACAGCCUCCCCAGCCAGCGUCACUGCAACUUCUUUUUCAGAGGACACCCUAAAAAAGGAAAAACAAGCUGCAUACACCGACACCUACCUAGUGUCAGAAGCUAACGGAGAUGUGAAGACUGUGUCUGCAAAGGGCAAGGGCUCCUCUGCAGACAUCCACGGCUACGACCACCGCCAUGGUGGUGGGGGCAGCGGCGGCAGCGGUGGUGCCCUUGGCAGUGGGGCCGCUGGUGGAGGGGGCAAGGGCUCGUGGGGGGCGGCGCCUGCCUGGUGCCCCUGUGGCUCCUGGUGCAGCUGGUGGAAGUGGCUGCUGGGCCUGCUGCUCACCUGGCUACUGCUCCUGGGGCUGCUGUUCGGCCUCAUCGCUCUGGCCGAGGAGGUGAGGAAACUGAAGGCACGUGUGGAGGAGCUGGAGAAAAUGAGGGGCCGCUUGUCUUACAACGAGAAGAUGGAGAGGAGCAGCCAGGACUCUGUGCAGGGGGUUGCGCCCAGGCUGGGGGAAGGUCUAGGAAAAUCUGGGCUUGAUGGCUACAAUCUGGAGGACAUCUGGCAAUUCGUGAGUGUCAGGCUGAAGACAGAACAGGAAAACGGAAAUCUCCGAGGAAGCCCUGGGCCUAAAGGUGACAUGGGAGUUCAAGGCCCUAAAGGAGACCGCGGGUUCCCUGGAACUCCAGGUAUCCCUGGGCCCUUGGGCCACCAAGGUCCAGAGGGACCAAAGGGACAGAAAGGCAACAUGGGUGAGCCUGGCAUGGAGGGACCCAUGGGCCAGAGAGGGCGAGAAGGCCCCAUGGGACCUCGUGGUGAACCAGGGCCCCCUGGGUUCGGAGAGAAAGGAGACCGAGGGGAUGCUGGUAAACCAGGUAUUCCGGGCCCACCUGGUGUCCCAGGCUCUGUCGGUCCCAAAGGUUCCAGUGGUUCUCCUGGCCCACAGGGUCCCCCAGGCUCUAUAGGUCCCCAAGGACUCCGAGGUGAAGUGGGACUCCCUGGUAUCAAAGGUGACAAAGGACCCAUGGGACCACCGGGACCCAAAGGUGACCAGGGUGAGAAAGGACCCCGAGGCCUCACAGGCGAGCCUGGCUUGAAAGGUUUACCUGGUGCCGUGGGUGAGCCCGGGGCUAAAGGAGCGAUGGGACCCGCUGGCCCCGACGGACAUCAAGGCCCAAGAGGGGAACAAGGUCUUCCAGGAAUGCCGGGAACCCGGGGCUUACCAGGACCUUCUGGGGACCCAGGGAAGCCAGGUCUCACUGGACCCCAAGGACCUCAGGGGAUUCCUGGUACCCCUGGCCGACCAGGAGUUAAAGGUGAACCAGGAGCUCCAGGCAAGAUCGUGACUUCAGAGGGAUCGUCGACUAUCACUGUCCCAGGUCCCCCGGGACCUCCUGGAGCCAUGGGACCUCCGGGACCUCCAGGAGCCCCAGGCCCUGUUGGUCCAGCUGGUCUCCCAGGACAGCAAGGCCCGCGAGGGGAGCCAGGCCUGGCUGGCGAAUCAUUCAUGGGCACCAGCAGCUCCAUCUCUGAGGUCCUGUCCACCCAAGGUAUUGAUUUACGAGGCCCCCCAGGCCCACCUGGACCACCUGGGCCACCAGGGGAAGGCUUGCCAGGCCCACCGGGCCCACCAGGAUCUCUCCUGACCAGCUCAGAGACCUUCUUCUCUGGCCCUCCAGGCCCACCUGGCCCCCCAGGCCCCAAGGGAGACCAAGGCCCCCCAGGCCCCCGAGGACACCAAGGCGAGCGAGGCCCCCCAGGGCUAUCAGGCUCAGGUGCCAGUUCUCUUGGACUCAACCUGCAGGGACCACCAGGCCCACCCGGCCCUCAGGGACCCAAGGGUGACAAAGGUGAUCCUGGAGUCCCAGGGGCUCCUGGCAUUCCUGGUGGGCCCUCUCGAGGGGGAUCGUCAUCAAGCACCAUGUUCAUGCAGGGUCCGCCAGGCCCACCAGGGCCCCCCGGGCCUCCAGGCUCCCUCAGCAGCUCUGGCCUGGAGAUUCAGCAAUACAUCUCUGACUACAUGCAGAGUGACAGUAUCAGGUCUUAUCUGUCUGGAGUUCAGGGUCCCCCAGGCCCACCUGGUCCCCCUGGGCCUGUCACCACCAUCACCGGUGAGACUUUCGACUACUCACAGCUGGCCAGCCUCGUCGUGAGCUACUUACAGACUUCCGGGUACAGCAUCGGCACAUCCUCCACCUCCAUCUCUUCUGAAGACAUCCUGGCUGCGCUCCGGCGCGAUGAUGUGCGUCAGUAUCUACGGCAGUACCUGAUGCCACAAGGAGCCAGUGGAGAUUGGUUCCUCCAGUCUCUGGAUUAUGCAGAGCUGAGCAACCGCAUCCUCAGCUACAUGUCCAGCACUGGAGUCAGCAUCGGGCUUCCUGGCCCCCCCGGGCCCCCAGGCUUGCCGGGCACAUCCUAUGAGGAGCUCCUUUCCUUGCUCCAAGGGUCUGAAUUCAGAGGUAUCGUUGGGCCCCCAGGUCCCCCUGGGCCCCCAGGGCUCCCAGGCAGUUCAUGGUCCAGCAUCAGCAUGGAGGACCUCUCAUCCUACCUGCAGACUGCCGGCCUGUCAUCCAUCCCAGGCCCUCCUGGUCCCCCAGGCCCCCCAGGCCCUAGAGGGCCCCCGGGCAUCUCAGGAGCUCUGGCGACAUACGCAGCUGAAAACAGUGACAGCUUCCGGAGUGAGCUGAUCAGCUAUCUCACAAGUCCUGAUGUGCGCAGCUUCAUCGUUGGCCCCCCGGGUCCCCCCGGGCCCCAGGGCCCCCCCGGGGACAGCCGCCUGGUGUCCACGGACAGCUCCUACAGCCGGAGCGGCAGCUCCUCCUCUUUCAGUCGGGACACCUCCUAUAGCUCCUCCAUGGGCAUAGGAGGAGCCAGUGGAGGCACCCUGGGCGAAGGGGGAGCCUUUGGCAUGGACAUGGGCCGAGGCUACGGGGCCGUGCCGGAGGGUGGCAUGUAUGGCGGCGAUGGCAGAUUCGGGGCUGGCUUUGCCGGAGGCCUGGAUUACAAUGAGCUGGCUGUUCGGGUGUCAGAGAGCUUGCAGCGUCAGGGUCUGCUCCAAGGGAUGGCCUACACGGUGCAGGGACCCCCAGGCCGGCCUGGGCCCCAGGGACCCCCUGGCAUCAGCAAGAUCUUCUCCGCCUACAGCAAUGUGACCGAGGACCUCAUGGACUUUUUCCGAACUUAUGGAGCCAUCCCAGGACCCCCUGGGCAGAAGGGAGAGAUGGGCAUCCCUGGACCCAAAGGUGAGAGGGGCCCUGCUGGGCCACCAGGUCGGUCUGGGCCACCCGGCCCUCGAGGGCACAAGGGAGAAAAAGGAGACAAAGGUGACCAAGUCUACACCGGGCGGAGGAGGAGGAGCAUUGCCGUCAAGCCAUAAGCAACCCAUGGUGGAACAGCCCCCUGGACCAGUUCUUGCAGUGGCUUACGGCACUUAUGUCAAGACCUCUCCAGAGGGUAAAAGCUGGAGUCUCACUGUCUUACCGACACAGCAAAUAGUCAGCUAGAACCCUUAUCUUAGUCUGGGACAAUGUGUAUGUCUGCA